GGAGUCCAGGUACCGAAGUUUACGCUCCUCUUCUUCUUCGACCACACGCUGCUCUCCUUCUCCUCCGCCACCGGCUGGUGCCUCAUCUCGGCCUUCAUCCUCAACUCGCUCCUAGUGUAAGUCCUCCCCUCCAGAUCCACGCAAACAAAUCUCUCAUUCUCCCUUUUAGAGCUGCCUACCUGUUCGUGCUGGUGGAGAGGGCCAAAAAGUGCCUGGAUUUCUCGGCCACUGUCUACAUUAUUCACUUGAUCUUGAGCUCCAUCUACGGGGGAUUCCCGCUAACUGUGACGUGGUGGUUGCUCAUGGGGACGUGCUUGGCCGUCACUGCCCUCCUUGGCGAGUGGCUCUGCCUCAGGCGCGAAUUGAGGGACAUCCCCAUUAGAACGGCGCGUGCAACUGUUUAGCAACGAGACGGAAGGCCUCCAUUCUUUUCCCACCACAACGGGCGACAGGGGCGCGUGUAAACUACUACCUAGGUAGCGAGAGACACUUCGAUUCAGUAGAUGGCGGCGGCGAUUUGCUCCAGCGGCAGCACAGGCGCCGGGAGUGGCACUUCUCGUGCAGUGGUGUGCGGUGCGGGCGUUAUCGGUUCCUGUACCGCUUACUUCCUGGGGAAGAGGGGCGUCAAGGUGACGGUCGUGGACAGCUGUGGCGUGGCUACGGCAGCAUCGGGUAAGGCUGGUGGCUUCCUUGCUCUCGACUGGUGCGAUGGUUCUCCGGUCGGGAACCUGGCGCGAGCAAGCUUUGCCCUGCACCGGCAGCUUGCAGACGAGCUUGGUGGCGAAACAAAUUACGGGUACAGAAGGCUGGAUGCGCUGAGUGUCACGGUCAAAGAGCCUACAGGGACAGCAGGUGCAGGAGCUUCCGCCUCUCUUCCAUCGUGGAUCGAUGGUGCAAUCAGGAAAUCCAGUUCCAUCGGGAGCCAGGCAACUACAGCUCAGGUCCAUCCUCAGCUCUUCACUCGGACCGUCAUGUCCCGUGCCGAGUCUGACUUUGGAGCCGAGUUCCUCAAGGGUACUGUGCGAGAGAUCAGAGUCGACCCCGAGACGGCCCAGGUUUCAGGGGUGGUGGUUGAUGACAAGUUUGUGGAAGCGGAGACGGUGGUGAUUGCUCUCGGGCCCUGGUGUGGAAAGCUAAAGCUUGUGACCGACUUAACAAGCAUUUCGGGGCUGAAAGCGCACAGUAUUAUCCUGCAGCCUCGUGAGGGACGGGACAUCUCCCCGCACGCUUUGUUCCUCAGUUUCACCUCUAGGGAGGGUGAAACCAUGGAUCCAGAAGUGUAUCCACGUCCCACCGGGGAAGUCUACGUGUGCGGUAUGUCGGAGCAUGUGGAACUUCCUCCAGAUGCGGACCACGUCGAGCCCAAGGCCGAAGCGAUGGACAUGCUGAAGCGAGUUGCUGGGGCCGUGUCGAGUCAGCUGGAUGGCUGCCAAGUCAAGGCUCAGCAGGCGUGCUUCCUGCCGCUCUCGGUUGACGGUGUUCCUCUCAUUGGAAAGCUUCCUCACGCAGCCGGUGUCUACUUGGCAACCGGGCACAGUUGCUGGGGAAUCCUGAAUGCACCGGCGACCGGUGCAAGUCUAGCGGAGCUCAUUGUCGAAAGCCACUCUACGACAGUGGAUCUCAAGCCCUUCGACCCGGCUAGAUUUCUCACCGCAGAGAAAGGGAGAAGAAAGUUUCUUUGAUCAGAUUACCGGGAUGGUAUGUAUCUAGGCCCACUCACCAUGAAACAGUGGUUUUCUAAUAACAUCCGAUUCUAUAUC